AUGUCAGCAAGUCCAGUCAUACUCUCACCACGUCUAGGCCCCUCCACGACCUCGCCGCUUCUUUCUCCACGGCAAUCACCCCUCUUCCACACCCACCACCGCCGACGGUCUGUCACUCCCGGACCCGCCUCAAGUCGUGGUACCUCACCUGCGCUGUCGUUGAGGUCGAUAGAUGUGUCUGCAGAGGAACAUAUUCCAACCCUGAGUAUCAGCCGGUCAGUCGUCACGCUGAACAAACUCAACCAAAACCUGAACUUGGCGAAGGGCGGUGACGCUGCCGCGAACGCCCGCCGGCGGAAUAGCUUACCCAGCAAGACUCGAGAACGACAAAAGCUCCAACUAAAACACCUCUCGAAACUAAGUGGACUACCACUAAGUCCUGAUCUCCUACCUCUAGCAAGUCCAGGUGGGACGGGAGUGAUGACACCUCUAACACUCGAUAUGGAGGGGUUGGAGAUCGUUGAAGCCACUGCUGAUGAGAUGGAGAAAGUUCAGCUUGGGGAAGCGAGGAAGAAGGAGAUCGGGAUGGUUGGUGUGGAUUAUUUCCUGGUCAAGGAGAAUACGAGGGAGAUUGUUGGGAAGGUUGUUGUGGAGGAUGAUAGGAAUGAGAAGCGUGAUGAGAAGGAACAUGGAGUGCCGGAAUCAUGA